AGUUGGCCGCAGCCGUGCUCGGCGCGCCUCGGGGUGGGCAGCCCGGCUGGCCCCCUCCUGCCGCCCGGCCUCCCCCAGCCCCAGGGACCGCGCCGGGCCCCCUCCCCGCCCGCCGCCCCCAAGAUGCUGUUUUGGCACACGCAGCCGGAGCACUACAACCAGCACUCGACCGGCAGCUACCUGCGAGAUGUCCUUGCACUGCCCAUCUUCAAGCAGGAAGAACCGCAGCUGUCUCCUGAGAAUGAUGCCAAGCUGCCUCCCUUUCAGUACGUCCUCUGCACGGCCACGUCACCUGCUGUGAAACUGCACGAAGAAACCCUGACCUACCUCAACCAAGGUCAGUCUUAUGAAAUCCGUCUACUUGAGAAUAGGAAAUUGGGAGAGUUUCAAGAUUUAAACACAAAAUAUGUAAAGAGUAUAAUUCGUGUAGUUUUCCAUGAUCGACGCCUGCAGUACACAGAGCAUCAGCAGCUCGAGGGCUGGAGGUGGAGUCGGCCUGGGGACCGCAUCCUUGAUAUAGAUAUUCCGCUGUCAGUUGGUAUCUUGGAUCCCAGGGCCAGCCCAACCCAGCUGAACACUGUUGAAUUUCUGUGGGAUCCAUCAAAGAGAGCCUCAGCAUUCAUUCAGGUACAUUGCAUCAGCACAGAAUUUACUCCACGGAAACAUGGAGGAGAGAAAGGGGUACCCUUCCGGGUGCAAAUCGACACCUUUAAGCAGAAUGAAAAUGGUGAAUACACAGAACACUUGCAUUCUGCAAGCUGCCAGAUCAAAGUGUUCAAGCCUAAAGGAGCAGAUAGAAAACAGAAGACUGACAGGGAAAAAAUGGAGAAGAAGACCACCCAAGAGAAGGAGAAGUAUCAGCCUUCCUAUGAGACAACUAUUCUCACAGAGUGCUCUCCCUGGCCAGAUGUGCCUUAUCAAAUGAACAAUGCUCCAUCUCCAAGCUACAACAGUUCUCCCAACAGCUUCAACCUUGGAGAUGGCAACAGUUCUCCAACCCACCAAGUGGAGCUCCUGCCUCCCAGCAAUGAUCAUCUCCUUCCUUCUGCUUCUAUUCAAGAUGCCCAGCAGUGGCUUCAUCGUAAUAGGUUCUCUCCAUUCUGUAGACUCUUCUCAAGUUUUUCGGGUGCUGACUUACUGAAGAUGUCCAAAGAAGAUUUUGUUCAAAUCUGUGGGCCUGCUGAUGGAAUUCGGCUCUUUAAUGCAAUCAAAGGAAGAAAUGUAAGGCCCAAGAUGACAAUUUAUGUCUGUCAAGAACCAGAGCAAAACAGGUCCCAUCUCCACCAAAAACGAGAAAAUGGAGAUGGCAGUCUUUGUGUAUAUCAUGCAAUCUUCUUGGAAGAAUUGACCACGCUGGAAUUAAUCGAGAAAAUUGCAAACUUGUACAGCAUUUCUCCACAGCAGAUAAAUCGAAUCUAUCGGCAGGGACCCACAGGGAUCCAUGUAUUAGUGAGCAACGAGAUGGUACAAAACUUCCAAGAUGAAUCUUGUUUUGUUAUCAGCACAUUAAAAGCUGAAAGCAAUGAUGGCUACCACAUCAUUUUAAAAUGACCGUACUGCACAGAAAGACUUUAACAGCCUAAAAUUUAGUGCCUCACUGAGAUUGCUACAACCUAGACUGGAAACAUGAAGAACCUUCUGGAUAAAAUGCUCCUAUGAACUAAGAAUUACCAAACAGCUUAAGGAAAAACUUGCUUUUAUAGAUAUACAUUUUUGGUGGUGUGUUUUUGUUUUUGUUUUGGUUUUUUUUUUUAAGCCGGAGCUGAGAACAUCCUCAAAGCUUGUGCAUGUUUCUUCCUCCUUCCCUCUUUAGUCUUAAAAAUUGUCAAGGUUUCUGCUUAUUGCUUAGAAACAUCUGCCUUGUACUAAAGGGAAAUGAAAGAUAAACAAAAACCAAUUCUUGAGACCCCUCAUGGUUGGGUGAAUUGAUUUAUUUACUGUUCUGAGUGCUCUCUUGCUUUCAACACACACCCUGUUGCUGAUGGACACAGGCUCCCUGGGGCUCUUCUUUUACUCUUUGAGGUGGAAGGCUUGGGACUAAAUCUAGAAACAGAUUGGGCAAUGCAGAGGAUGGAUUUGGUGCCCAGUCCUCACCCAGAGUGUCAACCCUGGAAGCCUACACUUAGCUGCUUUCCACCUGUAGAUGUGCUCAAAAUCCAGUGACCUUGGUCCAUCCUGACGGAGCUUCUGUAAUACCAGUCCAACAGAACAAUUUUGCGGGGUUUGAGGGAGGACAGACAACGUGAGGCAAGCAGUUCAGUACCAUAUUCUAUCUUUAGCUUUAGAGUAGGUUCCUUGAAUGGAGUAUAUGAAGGUUUUCUGAGGAAAUGUUAUGAAGAUUGAAAGUUAUAGAGCUCAUGACAAAUUCAUACUAUGGAUUUAUUCUACUCUACAAAGCAUUGAUUAACUGCUAUCUUUACUGUAACUGGCAAUUAGGUUUUAUAAUCUUAAUGAUUUUUCCUCCUGUUACUAACUCAAGUAAGUAAAAAUGAGUUUUGAUUGAGUCCAGGUAAUGGAUCAUCUUAGUUGCCGCUGCUUAUAUUCUUGCUAUUUCACUCUUGACUUCUGUUUCCAAUAUCUGCAACUAUGGUCAACUCCACCCUCCCCUGGUCUUUUGGGACGCCAUCCAGGCUCCACUAAGCUGAAAAAGUGGCUUCCACUGAUGUCAAAGGCAAACUGAAUCACACCCUUCUUGCAUGGAUGGAGUCAUUUCACUUUUGGUAGCUAAUUAAUAAGGCUGUUUCCCAAACAGAAUGUCCAUAUAGCAUCAAACUCUGAUACUUGAACAUUUAAUUUCAUCGUGAAUUGAGAUGGAAAGCUGAAAUACCAAAAAUAUUCCUGGAAUGGAAAUUUUUCAAAAAAUGAGAAACUAUCAGCUGGAAAACACUGAAUAAAAUGUUCUAGCCUUUUGAAAUGGAAACAUUUAAUUAAAUCCAUUUGGCCCUUAAAGCAGCAUCAGUUUGAGCUACUGUUGCAGACCUCAGAAAUUACCAUUCAAGUGCCUUGUGCGCCGUGUCUCCCUUGGGGCCCAGCUCCUUGGCUGGGUUACAGAUCCCAUGAUGCUGCUCUUACCAUGGGUUAGUCAAAGGGGGAAUGCGUCAUGAAGGCUGGAGGGGUGCCCAGGAGCCCAGCCCUCUGGGAAAGAGGGGGACAUGGAACCCUGUGAAUUACAGCUCCCAGCUGACACUGGAGGAAUUAGGACAGACACGUACUGAUAUUUUUCUGACAAAAAUGAUGUGUUUCAAUUUUCCCCAACAGAAACAAACAGCAAAAUAUCGAGAAAAGCAACCUUUUUUUCAUUAAGAGCAUCGUUUUGUGCAAUAAACCCCACCCAUCUCCACUGAUUUUUUUUUUAUACCAAAAAUAAUGCUAGAAUAGAAAAAUUGUGUUACAAUGGGAAAACCUUCAGCCAACUCAGCUAAUUGAGUAACAUUGCCUACUUAGGCACGAUCUUGCUCAACUGGCUAUCCUAGAUGCUCCAUGAACUGUAGUGUUUCUCCUAAAAGGAUGCCCAGGACUUUGGGACAUGGCAAUUCCUCCCCCUAAAGUGAAGGAGCUUGAGCCUUCUUGGUUGAGGACCAGGUUGUGUAGGUGAGGAAGUUGUAUAAGGUCUCCUGGAGUGACGGAGGACAGACAGAGAAGCUGAGGCAAGCUUUGGGGGAAGAUAUGCCUUUGUAGAGGAUGGGAAUGCCAUCUUUUUGAGAGGAAGGUGAGGCCAUGUCAAGCUCAACCCUGCCUUGGUGCCUGUGUUGCCUUCCUGACUCUGCAGCCUGCUCAGCACGGCCGUGCACAUGGAGGGGGGCAGCUGGGGAGCCCCCGGCCCUGGGCACUGAGGGUUUAAAAAAGACCUUGGAGUUGCCAGGAGUAUAGCCUGAACUGUAUCCACUUACAUGUGAUAACCACGUAAUUUAGGGGACACAGCAAUACUGAAACACAGCAGUGUGAAGAAAGGAUAGAGGUAGCUUUGCUCCCAGAGUUAGGGACUGAGAACUGUUCACUUAUUUAAAAACAAAACCAAACCUUGUUCUUGAUUAUUUAAAAAACAAAUCUUGCCCAUAAGGAAUUAUAUGCAAAACUCCUCAUAGUGUUCCAGUAGCACUUGCUUGAUUAAUUUUGAACAAAAAUAACUCUCUGUUAGGGCCUUCUUAUAUUUAGAUUUUUCUUUAAUAAAACAAUUUUAUAUUGAUAUGAGGGUGAAUUUGACAAUGUAUCUUGUUCUCCUUUCCAUGCUGUAAGAAGGUAUACCAGAGUAAACAAUCACAUAAAUAUUGUCCUACUAGGUGGGCUCUACUGUUGUAUCUAUGUUAGCCUGUUUGUAAAGCUGUAUAACUUUAAUGUGUGUGUAAGGCCUAUGCUUACCUGACAGAGGAGUUCUUCUUGAACCUCUCUAGUCCCACUAGAAAUUUGGAGGAUUGCGCUCAGUAACAUACACACCCAUGAAGAUGCAGCACAGUUAGUUUGGUGUCUAGGAGAAUGGUGAGUUACUUCAACUUAGAAUCAUAGAGUAUCUCAAGUUGGAAGGCACCCAUAAGGAUCAUUAAGUCCAGCUCCCUACUCCUCACAGGACUACCUAAAACUAAACCAUAUCACUAAGAGUGCUGUCCAGACACUCCUUGAACUCUGACAGGCUUGGUGCUGUGACCGCUUCCCUGGGGAGCCUGUUCCAGUGACCACCCACCUCUCUGUGAAGAACCUUUUCCUAAUGUCCAGUCUGAACUUGCCCUGAUGCAGCGUCAUUCCAUUUCCUCAUGUCCUGUCGCUGGUGACCAGAGAGGAGAUCAGCACCACCUCCUCUGCUGCCCGUCUUGGGGAAGGUGUAGACCGAGAUGCAUCUCCGGGUGAUAGGAAAACACAUUGCACCCUUUGCCCUUGUUGCCUGAUGCUGCGUAACCAGCAGGUGGUUGUACGUGGGCAAAGUGGCCAUGAACUGUCGUGGCUGAGUGCCUAGUGCAAGUAGUCAGAGCAACAUUGGUGUGAGACUGGACUGCCGACCAACCUUCCCCUCUGCCUCCCAAAAACAAACCCUUGCCCUGUUGAAGUUGGUGUUUGUUCAUGCAGGAACCAAGCAAAACCUCCAGGAUUUAUUAGUGGCUUAUGAGUGAGAGACAGAGAGAAAGACUUGUCUCAUCUGUGUAAGGGGCAGGUGAUCUAGCUAACUGCUCAGACUCUCCCUGUGGUUACAGAGGGUCUGCCGUCCCUGGAGAGACUCAUUUGCCCUAUUUGAGGAUGUGACAGCCUGCAGAAGGAAGCUUUUGUCUCCUCAAGACUGCAGGAAGCACAAAUGAUUGUCUGGGCUAGAUGUCUAAAUUCUAGAUAGACUAAAGGCAAGAGAGAUGAGUAGGUCCCCCUCAUCUAAAUAUCCAAAAGGUUUUGCAUUUACUGUGGUCUUAUGUGCCUGUUACAUUUCUUCUUGCCUUUUUUUUUUGGUUGUUGUUGCUCCUAUUUCUUUUUUUUAAAAAAGUAACAAAUGAAACCUCCUGCUCAAAGUGAUUUGAAUGACUUUUUUUUCAGCUUCAGCUCUAUAUGUGAAAUUUGUCCAGCAGACCUUUAUAAUCUCUGGGGUUUAGGAUUACAAUGACUAGUAUGGUAUCCCAAACUGUCCAGCUCUUACAUUGUAUGUGUGGUGACAGCCACUAUGAGUAGAAGUGGGCUUGCUGGGAAUGAAAAGGCAGAACCAUUACAUGAUUAAACCCAAUAUGACUCCAGCCAGUAUUGCUAAGUUCUCGUCAGAACUGUACUGGCUGUUUGAAAUUAUUUGAUCGAUUGUGGCAUUUUCUCUGGCACUGAGUAAGUUGCUGCAGAUCAGUUAGUAUGGCUCUGGCGAUGGUCUGAGAACUCAUAGAAAUACCCGUGAGACCACCUUCAGGGCAGGGAAGGAGCAAAUGAUCUGGUGAUAGAAAUUGUGCCAUCUGCCUGAGGUGGCAGAACUGAUGUUAUUAAAAUUAAAGCUCCUGUUCUUUCAGCUGGCCCUGCUUGGUUAAUUGGCUAAAAUAGAAAUAAUAAUUCAAUCUGGAAAAUAUUGGAGUUCUCAUUGUCUUGAUGUGAAAUUUAAAGGGCUGAAGUUUCAAGAUUUGCAGGUGGUAAAAGGAUUCUUGUAGUUGAGAAGUCCUGAAUGACAUUCUCCUUAUAAUGUAACAUAUACAUAUUUAUGCGUAUAUAUAUAUACACACAUACAUACUGUACUGUAUCAAAACAUGUAUGUGCUGAGUACUCGUGUUCUUUGGCUUUAACUGGUACUCUGCUUUGUUAAAUUGCAGUUCAGUGUAAAAGACUUUGGUUGAUCAAGCUUCGAAACCCAGCCAUUCCUUGGGUAGAAAUGUAAAAGUCCGUAAUAACGACUCUAGAUUAUUUGGACAUGGUACACUUGGAGUGAUGUAAAUUUGAUGAAUUUCUGCAACGUAAAUCCCAGGCCUUGGUGAAGAUGAGCAUAUUCUUGUACUAACACUGCAGUUCUAUAUUGCAGCUUCUGAAAAUUAGUUAGAGUAAAAGAGAAAUAGUUUGCCCAGUGCUUUGUAAACUAGUAAGAGCUACUCCCUAAGCAGAACAACCAUACAAUGACUUUCCUAGCUCGAUGUUGUAUUGCUUAAGCAUUGGCUGUAAUUCUAACAAUCAUCUGGUGGAUGACUGGGACAGGUUGUUUUUGUUUCUGUUUUUGUUUCUGUUUUUGUUUUUGACUGGUCUCAAAGAAAUACUUGGAUUCAGACUCUAGCUUCUCUUUCUCCUCCAGUUAUGAAAUGGUUUAACGUUAUGCUACUAAUAGAAAUAUUUUCUUAAGAUUAUAAUCUGUUUGACAGCACAGGGUACUCAAAGUGGGGAGUGUUUGGUCUUGAUCAUCACUACUGUAGGUGAAUAUGAGAAGGCAAACUGGAGGUGUAUCUUAACAUCCUUGCCUCUGUUUUAAAAACAAUGGGUUAAGCUGGUGCCUAAUUUUUUGUGCAUUUCCAAUUUGUACCUUUUUUUUUGCUAUUCCCUCAAAAUUCUUCUGCUCCCUGUGUGGGGACACAUUGGUGAGCAGCUGGUGUAUACAACUUUUAAAGUAGCUUGCUGUUGUCCCAGUUCGCUUGGGGUGAGUGUUUAUCUUUCAAAGGGCUAGGGGCGUUACCUCUCUUCACUGACAAUGCAGCCGUUCGAGACAGGUGAUGCUGACCAUGAAGUCGGCGUGACGGGCGAGGGUGAGUGGAGGUGGGUCGAUUGGAGGCUGAGGCAUACCAGUUGUGAGUAAAUACUGCCACACUCUUUGUCUUUUCGUUUGUUGGGUUUUGGGGUUUUUUUGUACAUUAAUAAAAAAAAAGCAUAUUUUGCACUGGCUCUUGUACUGUUGUGCAGAAGAAAUCUGUAUCUAGAAUCUGUGCUCCAGUCAAAAUGCAAAUAAACCUGUUUGUAAGAAG